CCAAAAAAUACUAUCCUUCUAGACAGCGGUUUACCCUACCUAUGCCACCCAGAACCCAGGGGAAACCUGUUGUCCUUAAUCCAAAGAAGAGGCUUACUGAGUAUUGUGAUGGAGAUGCAAGCAGUUUGACUGUGGUAUUCAAGGAUUUAGGCAUGCAGGUCUCGUACAGCACUCUUUUCUUCUGGGAGUAUUUGGGCCCUUUAAUUAUCUACCCGAUCUUUUACUACUUCCCGGUGUAUAAGUAUUUUGGUUAUGAGGGUGAACGAGUCACUCAUCCACAUCAGACCUAUGCCUUGUAUUAUUGGUGCUUUCACUACUUCAAGCGUAUCAUGGAGACGUUCUUUGUUCACAGAUUCAGCCAUGCAACUUCACCACUCUCCAAUGUAUUCAGGAACUGUGCCUAUUAUUGGACUUUUGGCUCAUACGUUGCAUACUAUGUUAACCAUCCACUCUAUACACCUGUUGGUGAUUUACAAAUGAAGAUUGGUUUUGGCCUUGGGUUGAUCUGCCAAGUUUUGAACUUUUAUUGCCAUCUCCUCUUGAGAAACCUUAGGAGCGCUGAUGGCAGUGGCGGUUAUCAAAUUCCUCGUGGGUUUUUGUUCAACAUAGUGACUUGUGCAAAUUACACAACAGAGAUCUAUCAAUGGCUUGGUUUCAAUAUUGCUACGCAGACUGUAGCAGGUUAUGUCUUCCUGGUGGUUGCUGCUCUCAUUAUGACUAACUGGGCCCUUGCAAAGCACCGCAGGCUGAAGAAGAUAUUUGAUGGGAAAGAGGGGCGACCUAAAUAUCCUCGGCGAUGGGUGAUACUUCCUCCAUUUCUCUAAGAAGUAGCAGUCCUCUUGGUUUGUUUCUCUGCUCUGAAGAUCUCAUCAAUCCAAGUGGAAUCCUGUCACUGGAAUUUAGAAGAUUGUCUACUGUGAACAGCCGAAACUGUGUUGAACUACCAAGCAGUUAAAUGAUCAUGAUUGCUUGUGGAGUGCAUAAUAUUGUUUGAUAGUUUCUUAAGUUCAGUUUAUUGUUUAACUUAUUUUGUCCUAGGUACCUUCUUUUUUUUUUUUUUUUUAAAAAAAACAUGUCCAAACAAUCCAAAUGCUAAGUCAUGGUCGGUUGCAGGUCUGAUGAGCUUA